GAGACGUUGCAUCAUGAUAGGUAUCUACGGAGCAAUCAAGAAGGUGCGCGAGAAUCCUGAUCUAGUUCAGUAGCGCCGUUAAGCUUCCGCGUGCCUCUGGCCCAGGGCGGUCUUCGCCUUGUCUUUACCCAAUCUUCGCUCACCUGCAAUCAGCGGAACUUUGUAGCCGCUGACUACGUAGAGUGCCAGUGUUUUGGACUUCGGAAAUUGAAUCCGCCACAGUCCGCCACUGCACAACCAGUUGAAUCCCACCGACGUCGGCUCGCCGCUGCUAGUCGGAUUCAAAUACAGAAGUCCAGGCCAAGACUGAUGAGUUGUCAAUGCAGAAGAUAAGGGUUCGUCGCCCGCGCUCUGGCGAUCAACGUCGUCGAACACCCCGCUAUGUCUACGGAUGCUCAAGCCCAGGAAAUUGCGUUCCUACAGGCGACAUAUCUCAACAACUACUGCCAGUUGUCGAUAACAGCACUCGUUGUAUACGAACAUAUCAUAACAAUAUCGCAAGAGACGCAUUUGUUACAUGGCCGCAAGUUUUCGGGGGGCGUGCUGCUGUUCCUACUCAAUCGCUAUACACUCCUCCUGUUCGGGGCGGAAAACCUGAUCUACGUAUUCUCCUGGGAUACGCGUAUGGUAAGUUGCGAAGCCAUGACUUUACUUUAUGAUAUCUUACAAAUGAUGCUCUACAUUUUGACAGCAGGAUUCACCGCGAUGCGAGUCUAUGCGAUUGGUGGUCAAAGGGCUCUGAUCGCCGUCAUUGUGUUCAUCUUCGGGCUCGCCCCUGCUAUCGCAGGCAUUUAUAACAUCUCUCAGUCAACCUACGACUACGUUGCCAUAUCGGACCGUGUGGUCAUAAUGUCCCGUGUCUUUCCUAUGGUCUCCGACCUCAUCGUGAUUGUUGUCACUUGUGCGAGGGCAUGGCCGAUCCUCAGAGCUGCAAGACAAGCUAGAGCGACCCCGGCGCUGGUCACGCUACUACUCAAAGAUGGUACGUCUAAUUUCGUUGACAUCCCGUUGCUCGCCUCGCUCAACGCCAUACACAUAGCGCUAUCACUAUCAGAAGGGCCAUUCUUAGGAGUCGUCUCAGAGUUCAUCACGAUGUUCCCCUCCAUCCUCAUCUCCCGCUUCCUGAUGAACCUUCAGCACAUCGGCUCCGCUGGGUACCGGGACACACUCCCGUCGUUCGUCCAGCGCGACGCAACGCCCGAAGCGCAAUUGACUCCCGGCACCUCGCGGUUCGAUAUCACUGGGGAUAUGGGCGGAUCGACGGACGACGGCGGGCUCUCUGCGCUGUUCUCGACGACGCUGAUCGACGUUCCUGGAUCCGACGCGUGGUCGAGCUGGGACGACGAGCCCUCGCCGGAGGUCGCAGGGGAGAGUCAGCGUGUUGACGAGGAAGAUUCGCCGCCACCGAGAGAUCCGGAGGUCAUAGCUGUAUCACGCUGACCGUUCGUUAGUCUCCGUUGCAGACUUUCAAAGCCUGGGUAUUUGUCGGGAUGUAUCGGUGUUAUUCAUAUUACUAUGUGCUUCUUAAGCGGCG